GGGAAGCAGAGCAGCCGGGAGCUCGGGGCUCAGUCGGGGGGCGGCGGCGGCGGCGGCUCCGGGGAUGGCGGCGGCUCCGCUGCUGCUGCUCCUGCUGCUCGUGCCCGUGCCGCUGCUGCCGCUGCUGGCCCAGGGGCCCGGGGGGGCGCUGGGGAACCGGCAUGCGGUGUACUGGAACAGCUCCAACCAGCACCUGAGGCGCGAGGGCUACACGGUGCAAGUGAACGUGAACGACUAUCUGGACAUCUACUGCCCGCACUACAACAGCUCGGGAGCGGGACCUGGGGCGGGGCCCGGGCCGGGCGGCGGGGCAGAGCAAUACGUGCUGUACAUGGUGAGCCGCAGCGGCUACCGCACCUGCAACGCCAGCCAGGGCUUCAAGCGCUGGGAGUGCAACCGGCCGCACGCCCCGCACAGCCCCAUCAAGUUCUCCGAGAAGUUCCAGCGCUACAGCGCCUUCUCGCUGGGCUACGAGUUCCACGCUGGCCACGAGUACUACUACAUCUCCACGCCAACCCACAACCUGCACUGGAAGUGUCUAAGGAUGAAGGUGUUCGUCUGCUGCGCCUCCACAUCGCACUCCGGGGAGAAGCCGGUCCCCACCCUCCCCCAGUUCACCAUGGGCCCCAAUGUGAAGAUCAACGUGCUGGAAGACUUCGAGGGAGAGAGCCCCCGGGUACCCAAGCUGGAGAAGAGCAUCAGCGGGACCAGCCCCAAGCGGGAACACCUGCCCCUGGCCGUGGGCAUCGCCUUCUUUCUCUUGACGCUCUUGGCCUCCUAGCUCUGCCCCCUGCUAGGCAGAGAGAGAUGGGUGGGGCCAACAAGGGGCAGGGAGCCGUGGGCUCUCCACAGGCGCCUAGCUGUAGGGCCUCUACCCUUCUCCACGGCUGAAAGUGGGGUCUGCACACACAUCUGUGCCUGCCCCAUCUGCCCCUCCAGUAAGGGCACCACAGUGGCUCAGGCACGGGGACAGCCAAGGUCCCAGGCAGCCUUGUGCUUCUGGGAAUGUUUGGUACCAAACCGGGGGCCACGAAGGGAAGUGCUCAGGACUCCCUGCCCCCUCGUACCUCUUCCUGCCCCUGUUGCCCUCCCCCACUGUCCCCUCAGAGAGACAGAUGUGCCCCAGAGACAGCAAGCUGAACGGGCCGGUGUCAGGUCACCCUCCUCCUGGGGCAGAGCAUGGGGAGAGAGCUGGGAAGGGGGGGCAACACCACCUGCCGUCCCCUUCCCCUGUUUACAGCAAUAAGCACGUCCUCUUCCCCCUCCCUCUUGCAGGAUUAUGGUUUGGAUUAAAUCCAAGUUUACAAGUAGACACCCCUGGGGAGGCAGGCAGUGGACAGGGAUGGCAAGGGGGUGGGCAUUGGGGUGCCAGGCAGGCAUGUACAGACUCUAUAUCUCUAUAUAUAAUGUACAGACAGACAGAGUCCCUCUCCCUCCUUAAUCCCGACCUUUCUUGACUUCCCCUUCCAGCUUUAGACCCCUCCCCACCAGGCUAGGCCCCCUGGGGGACCCCCUGGCCCCUCUUUUGUCUUCUGUGAAGACAGGACCUAUGCAACGCACAGACACUUUUGGAGACGUGAGACAACAAUGCCCCUCCCUUCCAGCCGUGCUCGGGACCCACCUCCCAGGACCUGCCCUGCCCACCCUGUCGGUCCCACCCAUCCUGGGCCUUUUUCAAGUGCUUUGGCUGUGACUUUCAUACUCUGCUCUUAGUCUAAAAAAAAAUAAACUGGAGAUAAAAAU